UCGCCGCAGGGGUUUAUUAGCGUCUGACAGCGCCCAAACUAAAUCCAACACAACAAGAGACGGUGACAUCGCUUUGUUUUGUUGGUCGGUCACCGGGAGAAACAAAACUUUCGGAUUCUAAACGGUAAAAUGGAGACACCAAUUUAUGUCGAUGGAGCAACUUCGACCAGCGGAAAGAGUGUUUCGUUGAAACGGGUCAUAAAUCACAAAAAAGAUCUUCAGAAGGAAAUUUCCGACUUGGAAAAACUUCAGAAGACCUUACUUCAACAGAGAAAAGAUCUCGAAUACAUAAACGAGAAUAUCAGAGGCUGGGCUAAGAGCUUCGACACCAUUGAAAGAAAUACUCAAGGUGUUCCCUUUGUGAGAAAUGUCAAAGAAAUUUGCGCGUCGAUUGAAAACCUGUUGAAUGAUAUUCAUGGAGACUUUUACUUCAGAAUGCAGAAUUUGAUCACGGCAGAUGUGCCAUGUUUUCAGCAGGUUUAUGAAGCCUUAGAGCUGUUGAAAAAACAAGUUUCGAAGAUCAUUAGGGAUGAUGCAGCCUACAAGGCGUCAUUUAUCGAAGAAAUUCGACAGAUCCUUGGACGCCUUACAGGCAUCACUGAUACUAUGUUAGAAAUUUAUUUUGAACAAUAAAUAAGAAAAUAAUUAAGGGAAGACCUUUGACGAUUAAACUGAAAAACAAAAUAUUAAGAUAAUUUAGAAGCUUCAAUCGCAGUUUCAUUAGACUUUAUUUUUGUAUGCAAAUGUUUUGGUUUAGAGUUUGUUUUCAAAACAGCCUUAUGUAGCCUUAUGUUUUUUCGUGGCGUACCUGUAAACUAGCUUUUAGCUAAGCGUUCUGACCACGUUAAAUAAAUUGAUUGAUUG